GAAACCUCCCCGUGGGGAUAAUCGAGUCCGAGUUGGAGGAGGAGUUUGCGCGAUUCGGCCCCUUGAAGAGCCUGUGGGUGGCUCGCAAGCCGCCAGGCUUUGAUUCGGCUCCCUCUCCCCUGCCUCCCUCGCGUCCACUCCUCAACUUCCGCGACGCCUCCUCCCCUGUUGUCUGUGGGGCCCAUGCUUCUCACCACUCACCCAACCUGUAUUUAGAGUCGGGGCUUCCUACAACACGUUGA